UCUUGCCACAGACGUCGAAUGAACUAGCGUCGUUCAAUGUCUAGUGCCGAAGUGUUGAAUUAUGGCUUUCAUCAGGAACAUUAGUUGGUUAGAAAACGUUCUUUGGCUGCAAUGGUUCGCCGCAGCGACAGCAUUACUGAUGUCCACUACCGUGGGGCUGAUGUUUGGUUGGACAUCGCCGUAUCUACUGCGAUUAACAGCAGAGGAUUCAGAACUUCCGAUAACUCCGAACGAGGGUUCCUGGGUGGCAUCACUUUUGAAUCUCGGUCGAUUCCUGGGAGCAUUUGUUGGCGGAUUUUGCGUCGAGUACUUGGGAAGCAAGCAGACCUUGACCGCGCUCGGUGUGCCUCUUAUAAUGGCGUGGAUCUGCAUCAUGGUUGCAGAUUCAGUGAACUGGCUGUACGUAGCCAGAAUUCUGGGCGGUAUAUCGGUGGGGAUGUCUUUCAGUAGCUUUCCUCUUUACCUCGGCGAAGUCUCCAGUCCAACGAUCCGAGGGACUGUGGUGACUUUGGCGAUGUCUGGAUUCUCGUUCGGCACGACGAUCGGUAACGCGAUGGGCGUCUACUUGUCGAUGAAGGUCUUUGCCUACGUCAGCAUCGUCCCGAGCAUUUUGUUCGUUCUAAUAUUCCUGUGGAUCCCCCAAUCUCCUCAUUAUCUCGUACGCAUAGGAAAAUUGGAACAGGCUGAGAAAUCGAUUGCCCGAUACAAUCCAGGCGCAAACAGCAAGCUCGAGGUCCAGCACCUGAAGGAAUUCGUCGUCGCUCGAGAUGGCCUGUCGUUCAUGGACCGCAUGCGAGAGAUGAAUAUCCCGCGAAACCGACAGGCCAUGAUCAUCAGCAUCAUGCUUUUCUUCUUCAUGCAGUUCAGCGGAAUGAACUCCCUCGUUUACUACAUGGAAAUAACCCUGACUGACGCAGGGAUCACGUUCAUCGCUCCGGCCACUUUGGUCAUUAUACUUGGCGUUCUGGGAAUUGCGGCCGGUUGGGUAUCGAUCUUCAUAGCCGAUAAGUUCAGGCGGAAAGCGCUGAUGAUUGUCUCGAGCGCCGGAGUUGGAGUGAGCAUGGCUGCCUACGGUACACACUUUGCUCUGCUAGACGGCGGAUUUGAUCCGGAACCGUUGCAGUGGCUUCCAGUCACAGCUGGUGUAAUUUUUCUAUUGUUUAUCUGCAUCGGAAUCAUCCCGGUUCCCAACAUGAUCCUCAGUGAGAUAUUCGCUCCAAACAUCAAGAGCGUGGCAGCCUGCUUCGCCAGCAUUUCGAUCGGUCUCUUCGCUUUCGCUGCAUCAAGAAGUUACCAACCGUUAGUGGACGUUGUUGGCGAGUCUUGGGUCUUCUGGCUUCACUCUUUUCUGAUGGUGCUGUCUAUCAUUUUUGCUGCUAUUUGGAUGCCGGAAACGAAGGGAAAAACACUUCAGGAAAUUCAAAAUAAUUUAUCAGAAAAAUAAAGGAUUACGAUAACAAGUGUUGAAUAAGCAAACCAGAUAAUAGGUUUUUUUUUGUUAUCAUUGAACAUUCUCGUUAAUCAGAAUCUCUACGCAGUUUGGUUGAACAAACUCAUUUCACAUUACCGUAAGAACUUGGAGAUUGCGAGACCCUCUUUGAGUCAACUGAGCACAAUUUCAAGUGAUGUUAAUUAGCCUAAAUUCAUUAAAACCUUGUCCAAGCCUGUUCCUGCUUUUUGCAAGUUUCAAACGAAUGUGCUUUCUUGAGUAAAAUUUUCUGGAUAACCAUGACGAUACUGAUAUCUGUAAGGGUGGUUGGAGCUCGUGACAACAGUCCUUACAAUUAACCAACAUUCACGAGUACGAUGUCGCGUCGGCAUUGAAAUCGGGUAAAUUAAAUUUAAGAAUAGUACGAAUACUGAAUAAACUUACGAAACAGGCUGAGCAAAGACGAAAACAUAACUAUGUGUAUAGUUUAGAAUGUUAUACUUUCCGAAAGCAAGUAACAAAAAUGGAGAGAAAAGGAGACUACAAUAAUUUACGCUUAUUUCAUUUCUUGAUAUCUUCGACUUUAGACACGAAACAGAUAGUUAUUACAGAUUUUCGUAUCUGGAGUUGAUGAUACAAUUUCUCAUGAUAACAAAUACUGCCUAUAUGCGUCGUAAACUAUAAUAUAAAAAUUAAUUAUUGUAGAAUUAUCUUUGUUCGAUUAAGAAGUAAAUCAGCAACUUCACUGUCAACAUGAACCAAUCGGUCUGUUUACCGAUACCACGGUCUUACAUAUAGGUCGGGAAACUCUGGUGGUGGGGGUAUGUCCUCUCAUUGAAGCACCGGCCGUUUCGCCUAGUGACCACGAGUGUCGCUGCGAUAGAGGAUUCAGGGUAUGCGAGAGAGAUGGAAACAGGUUGUUGACCGUCCGAGCUGUUUCCGUCUCUGUCACACAGCCUGAAUCCCUCGAUAGCAGCGACACUCGUGGUCACUAGGCGAAACGGCCGGUGCUUCAAUGAGAGGACACCCUCACCAUUGAAAUUUUGAGCGAGUGUCCAGACCUGUAUGUAAGACCAUGACCGAUACAAUCACUUGAACGCACUUUUUCUUUACUCGUCAAACGCUGCGUUUACCGGCGAUAUCGAUGCAACCACAAACUGUACAAAUUAUGCUAUUCAAUUAAUAAACAAAUUUCUAAACUAAAAUGUGACG